CUUGCAAAACCAUUAAUCUUCCUGGACAGAUGAUUAAUAUCUUCUGCCCACCACGAACUUGAAGAAGAAAGUCCAGAAAGUGCCUGGCUAUCCAUCCAUACAGGCAGUGCUCCCCUCACAGAUGCAUUAAGCCUUAGGUGAGAUGGCAGGUGCUGGAGAGCGCAAGGGGAAGAAGGAUGACAACGGCAUUGGCACAGCCAUCGAUUUUGUGCUCUCCAAUGCCCGGCUCGUGUUGGGUGUGGGCGGAGCUGCCAUGCUGGGCAUUGCCACACUGGCUGUCAAACGAAUGUAUGACAGGGCAAUCAGUGCUCCCAGCAGCCCCACCCGCUUGAGUCAGUCAGGAAAGAGAAGCUGGGAGGAGCCAAACUGGCUGGGGUCCUCAUCACGGUUACUGAACCAAGAUAUGAAGACAAGUCUGAGCCGUUCCCUACAGACCCUCCCCACUGACCCUUCAGCUUUAGAUGCAGAUGCGUUCCUACCUGCAAAGCCCAAACCAUCUGCCAAGAGGAGCCAAGUAGAAUUGAAGAAGUCGCACCUCCGUCUGUCCCUGCAAGAAAAACUCUUUGCCUACUACCGGAGGAAAGUGGCUAUCCCAGCAGAGGAGCAGGCCCGGGCCAAGCAGGCAGCUGUAGAUAUCUGCGCUGAACUGCGUAGCUUCCUACGUGCCAAGCUGCCAGACAUGCCCCUGCGUGACAUGUACCUCAGUGGCAGCCUCUAUGAUGAUCUGCAGGUAGUGACAGCUGAUCACAUUCAGCUCAUUGUGCCUCUGGUCUUGGAGCAGAACCUGUGGUCAUGCAUUCCAGGUGAGGACACCAUCAUGAACAUCCCUGGAUUCUGCCUGGUGCGUCGGGAAAACCCAGAGUACUUCCCCCGUGGGAGCAGCUACUGGGACCGCUGUGUGGUGGGGGGCUACCUCUCCCCCAAGGUUGUGGCAGACACCUUUGAGAAAGUAGUGGCAGGCUCCAUCAAUUGGCCAGCCAUUGGGUCCCUCCUGGACUACGUGAUCCGUCCGGCAGCACCCCCAGAGACCCUGACACUGGAAGUCCAGUAUGAGCCAGAGCGACACCUUCUUAUUGACUUCCUACCAUCCCUGACACUGGGUGACACCAUCCUGGUGGCCAAACCCCACCGAUUGGCCCAGUAUGACAAUCUAUGGCGACUGAGCCUGCGGCCAGCAGAGACAGCUCGCCUGCGGGCCCUGGACCAAGGCGAUUCUGGCUGCCGUUGCUUGUGCCUCAAGAUUCUCAAAGCUGUGUGCAAGUCAAACCCAGCACUGGGCCGCCUCACUGCCAGCCAGCUCACCAAUGUCAUCCUGCACCUGGCCCAAGCGGAGUCUGACUGGUCCCAAGAUGUGCUAGCUGACCGCUUCCUGCAGGCACUGAAGGGACUGAUUGGCUACUUGGAGGCUGGUGUCUUACCCAGUGCUCUGAAUCCCAAGGUGAACUUGUUUUCAGAGCUCACCCCUGAAGAAGUGGAUGAGUUGGGCUACACUCUCUACAGCUCCCUCUCAGAGCCACAGGUCUUGCUGCAGACGUAAUGGGACUUUACAUGGGAGAAUGAUGCUGGGGUUGUCUGGCCAAGAUGGACUUUGACUCUUACUAACUGUUGUCCCCUCUCCCCCCAACUUUUUUCUUUAGGCCACCCAUACUUCCUGCUGUGAAGUUGGUGCUCCUGCUGGAUUUCUUGGUGCUACUGGUCCAGUUCCACUGUUCUCUGUCCCAGCUGUUAUCUGUUGACUGUGGCGGGUGGGGAGGAGGCACCAUUGUGCAGUGUUUGUUCUUAAGGCCUGCUGCAGGUGUUCCAACCUUCUACCAAAACACUGUGCCCUCUUUUCCCUAUGAAGGAGUGAACCCCUUUAUUUCCAUGUUAGAGUGGGUGGAACUGGGCCAGUGAAUCCAAUGGCAAUUUGAGCAAACUUAUUGUUGACAUCUAGUAUUUCUCCUGCUGUCUGACUUCCCCUCCCUCAUGUGUUUCCUUCUGUUUCACCUACCUUGUUGUUUUCCUUUCCUCUCUUUCCCACUCAAACCCAGAAGUGCAUAGCAGCCCAACUAGGAUUUUUUGAUAGGACUGUGUAUAGCAGUGAUUGUAUUACCGAGUGAACUCUGCAUGAUGAUUGUACAGGCAGUAUGUAGGGGUGUAAGGCUUGCAGAAGCAGUAUGCACAUGGCUGACGUUUCUGCCAGUGUGGAGUCCAACAGCAGUGUCAUCCUUGGUAAGUUGGGUAUAUGUAAUCAGUCAAAGGUGCACCACCACUGGUCCCACUGAACCUGUGAAGAAACUGCAUGUACAUCCUGUUCUCAUGAGGCUGAGGAGAGAGUGGGGUCCUGCCUGGCAAGAUCCAUUGGGUGUUGCUGGUGGAAUUGCCUUGGAAAUCAAAAAUAGUCAAGGUGAGACCUCAGAUGUGCAGAGUAAGAGGCUGAAUACAGGGGCUGUUUUCUCAGUUUCUCAUAUAGCAGCUCUCUCAUGCCAUUAUGGUUUUUACUCUCAGUAACAGGUGGAACCAGGUUUAUACAACAGAGGGGUUUGCAAUAGACACACAUGGGUCAGAUUGUCACCUGGUGUAAAUUGGUGAAGCUGCACUGAAGUUGAUGAAGCCACACUGAAUUACACCAGCUGAGGAUCCGGCCCAUACUUACUAAGUGCAGUAUUAGUGCCUAGUAGCUACCUUGGAAUGAGUUACUGGGAAGAGGAGAUGAAAGGUAUGUAUCUCUGUUUUGGGAGGAGGGGAAGGAAGGGAAGAGCUGAGGUAGAUCUUCCCUUCUCUGUUCCCACAGGUUAAACUUGCACUGUUUGCAGUGUAAAGUCAUUGGGACAGUGGGGCACAUAAUUCACAUUUCCUCUGUUUGGUCCUGUUGGAUUUCUGCAGUAUUUCAACUUCCACUGCCAUUUUGUGCUGUUCUCUCUCUGCUGUACUUCCCUGCCUGCCUCCAGAUGAUUAUACAGCUUUGAGGGGGUGGCCAGCCACACAGCGGUAUCUCCUGCAUUGCAGGCAUGGAGCACCUAUCUGCUCGGGACUACACAGCUUCCUUCCUGCUGCCACCCUCUGACAAUGGUGGGGCUCUGUCUUGAAUGACAAGUACUACCAUUAUGUGUACGUGCAGUUUUGGAGUUUUCUCCUCUUCCCAUUUUUAACACCCAACCUUUCUAUUUAAAAGCAACACAAAGGCUGAGGAGAUGAAUUGCAAUUGUGGAGACUCAGGAGAAGAGAUCUGAGACCUUAUUUUAUUUCCCUCUUAAAGGUGGUGCAGGGGCUUGUGAGGUAAAUCUCAGGGGUGGAGUCCCAGCAGAGAGAUUUAGGCCAUAUUUUCUAAUUAAAGGUGGUGCUGAUAAGAUGAAUCCUAGGGAUGUGCAUUUAUCCUAGGCCAGGUUUUCUCAGGCAGUCAGUCCAGUCUAACCAGUUUGUCUGACAGUAUUCAGUACACAGUAAUAAUGAAAUGUUACAUUUUAAAUUAUUUAACCCCUAGACUGCUGCUAUUUUCUAGGCUGCCAGCCAAAAGCUUGGAAAGCUGUGUGUUAUAUAAAAUCUGUAGUCUCCGAA